UGAGUGUUUCUCAAUGAGUGAACAUGUUUAACUCGUGGGUAAACAUGAGGCGGAGUAAGUGGGAAUUAUCGCCCCGAUUUGCGUAAACACGCCAAACAAGCAGCGCUCAUCAACAUUCAGCGUAUUAGCAUAAACAGAUGCCUGCGGUGCUGCUGCUUUUUCGGAUCGGAGUCGGCUCGCAACCGGUGUUUGUGUUUCCACACGACCAGACGAAAAUCACCUGUCCACCAAACGACCAGAGAGACCGUCAGGACCACAGGAAUGGGACUGUUUGAAGGCCCUGUACUGAAUUAGACGGGAAGGACAGGCAACAUCUACGUAAGAGGACCUGACAACAAGGGUAUGGGACGGCCGCAGCAGAGAACUGCCGACUGAACGUCCUGCAAUUGCAGCUGAGACGAGCGCCGACAGGGUGCAGGAGCCGAGCUAAUGGCAUUGGGAAGAGCUACCGAUGAAUGGGCCUCCCACAGGUGGUCCUUUCUGACUAUUCUGUUGAUAUCUGUACUUCAAAUCAUCGCAGAAGAAUCACCACCAAAAUUCAACGUUGUGCCCAAAACGACCACACAACAACCCGGGAGCAAAGUAAAACUGCGCUGCUCGGGAAGCCCGCGUGGCGCAAAAUUGUCCUGGUACCACAACGGUCAGCCUCUCAGCUCCAACCCAGUCCCUGGAGUUUUUGUCCGAAAAAACGGAAAGAAACUCAUCAUCGAGAGGUUCCAGAGAAGUAAGAGCGACCACCAUGUGGGGAUGUACCAGUGUGCAGUUACUUCAGAGGCAGGGUCUAUUAUUAGCCCACCAGCGUACCUACAUUUGGCAGAAAUCGCCAAGUUCAAGACAGAUGUUCCUCAGAAAGUCAAAGUACUACAGGGCAACACUGCAAUAAUUCCUUGUGUGCCUCCUGCCAGUAAGCCAGCUGCUAGAGUCCAGUAUAGACACGAGGGCAAAUGGAUAAGAAAUAGCACAGAACGGAUACUGAUCACACCGUCAGGGAACCUGCAGAUAGCCAAUAUAACACUAGACGACUGGGGUCUCUACAAAUGUGCGGCGGUCAACCCGGUAACGUUGCAUCAAAGGGUCACCAACACCUCCAAGGUUAAGAUUGAUGAACCGAGAAGAAAGCAGCCAGCACAGAUAGUGUACCCACCGUCUCACAAGACACUCAGUGUGCAAAGAGGGUCAGAGGUACUACUGGAGUGUGUGUCCUCGGGGUACCCCACACCAACAGUGACAUGGAGAUGGGAUCAAGGACAACUGGACACUGCAAAAAGGGUGUUGGAUAACUUGUUACUGUCGGAUGUCCAGCCUAGUGACUCAGGCAUCUAUACUUGUUCAGCAGAAAAUGGCAAAAAUGCCAGAGUCAAAGUCAACUACAUCCUCACUGUGACAGACUCCAGUAGUAUUACCCAAGGUCCAGAAGACACCGCCACCACCGCUGGGUUGAAUGUCACCUUGACGUGCAGAACAACUGGCUCGCCAAAACCUGACGUCCACUGGCUGCACAACACAAAACCUGUGGUUCUGGAUGAGAGGCACUUCCAACAAGACUCUGACCUGGCGAUCCAUGAGAUUCAGCCAACAGACGCAGGCAUGUACCAGUGUGUGGCCAGUAAUACACUCAACACCGCCAUGGCACAGGCCUGGCUCAAGGUCGAAGUGCCGAAGGGUUACCCCACAGUGGAAACAAGCCCGUCAAACGUGGCCACUGAGGCAGGGGAGAUCGCCGUGUUUGCCUGCAAGAUUUCGGGCAGUCCCGAGCCGGACGUCCAGUGGGAGCAUAAUGGCAAACCUGUCACAGCUGAUGGAGAACACAUUGUCAUUGAAGAUGGCACUCUGAGCAUCAUCCGUGUGUCCAGGGAGGAUGAGGGGCGCUACAAGUGUUUGGGCAGCAACUCUGUAGGAAAAUCAUGGGUCGCAGCCUCUCUAACAGUCUUGGUGCCGACUACUCCCAUGACUUUGGCAGUUGUGAAGUCCGGAGACUUUCACCAUCGCCGGGGACAGAAUAUAAUGGAGAGGAAUAUGUGGCUGCAGAAACAAGUCCAAGGAGAAAAAGAACGUGGUAGCCAGAACAGUGGACGUUCAGCACCAGUCCCCCCUCUUAGUGGGCCAAGAACCCCAAUAGGCCCUUCCUCACAGUCUGUUCCUGAAGCACCAAGUAAGCCACGGAUCAGUAGGGCAUCCGACACGUCCGUGUACGUAUCCUGGGUACCCCGGUCAAAUGGAGGGUCUCCAAUCACAGCCUUCAAGGUGCAGUACAAGAGAAUAGCAGAUGGGAGCAAGGAGCGCUGGCGGACAGCUUCAGACAAGAUCCCUCCCACAACACUGUCCUAUCAGGUCAAGACGCUACAGCCAGGUCAGACCUACAGAUUUCGAGUCAUCGCUAUCAACGGGCUGGGGGAGAGUCGCCAGAGUCAGCAGUCAAGCCAGUACUCCGUGGAAGGUCACGUGGUCAAAGGUCACUUGAGCAGGCCUGUGGUUGGGCCGCACAUCACUGAGAUACUCGCCGUCAGUCCCACCACCAUCUCUGUCAGAUGGAAGUACAUGGCCAUCGACAACGUGCCCAUCGACGGGUUUUACAUCUACCACCGCGAGACGGACAGCGACAACGAGAAGGACUUUGUGCAGAGCGUCGUGAACGGCGUCGGUGUGCGCAGCUUCCGCCUGGAGGGCCUGCAGCCCGAGAUAAUGUACGACAUCAAGAUGCAGUGCUUCAACAGGGCCGGCAGCAGUGACUUCAGCAACGUCAUGAUGAAGGAGACGCUGCGUAUGUAUUUCUUUGAUUUGUUAUGUAUUUAUUGGACUAGUUAAUCUGUAAUAUCCAAC